GUGAUCAGGAACUGGCGGCCUGCUAACCUAAGAAGCAGCUGUCCUCCAUUCAGGGAGAGGCUGGGACCCGUGGAGAUGGCAGACACCCUGGCUACAGUGGGAAGACGAGAUCUUGGACAAGGGACUCCCACAUCUGUCCCCUCCGGCUGGCUGAGAAGGGUGCCAUGGGGCCUCUCCACCUGUCUCUCCUGCUGCUGAUCACAGAGUUAUCCCAAGCCCUCAACACAACGGUGCUGCAGGGUGUGGCUGGCCAGUCCCUGCAGGUAUCGUGUACUUACGACUCCUUGAAGCACUGGGGGAGACGCAAGGCCUGGUGUCGCCAGCUGGCUGAGGAGGGCCCGUGCCAACGUGUGGUGAGCACACACAGUGUGUGGCUGCUGGCCUUCCUGAGGAAACGGAAUGGGAGUACAGUCAUCACGGAUGACACCCUGGCUGGAACUGUCACUGUCACUCUGCGAAACCUCCAAGCCGAUGACGCGGGUCUCUACCAGUGUCAGAGCCUCCGAGGCCGAGAGGCUGAUGUCCUCCAGAAGGUCCUGGUGGAGGUGCUGGCAGACCCUCUUGACGACCAAGAUGCUGGAGAUCUCUGGGUCCCUGAGGAAUCAGAGAGUUUUGAGGGUGCCCAAGUGGAACACAGCACCUCCAGGAGCCAAUCACAAGAGACCUCCUUCCCACCCACAUCCAUUCUUCUCCUCCUGGCCUGUGUCCUCUUCAGCAAGCUUCUUACAGCCAGCAUCCUCUGGGCUGUGGCCAGGGGCAAGCAGAAGCUGGGGUCACCUGUAGCCAGUGGGCUGGACUGCGGACACGAUGGCGGGCACCAGCUUCAGAUCCUGACUGGACCCAGAGAUGCAUGAGAGAACUCCAAGAUGGAGGAGAAGCCCAGCUCAAGUCCACCCAUGAGUCAUCCAGCUUGCAUACUCUCCCCUCUGCCACCAAGACUUCUGCUUCUUCUGGUUUGGCUUCAGAGGUCACUUCUGCCUAAAGCCCACCUCUUCAGGAUGCAGGAAUACUCAUGCUAAAGCCCGUCGUCUCUUCUGGAAGCAGGAAUACUCCUGUGUUUGUGUGCGUUGAGUGCAGAAGAGAGCUGGAAGGUCACCUGUCAGCUUCUGGGCUUUGGCCAUUAAACACUCUCACACACAAACCCAGGACUAUCCACUCUUUCUAGAUGGUUCUGUGCCUAUAAUGGUCUUCUGUUUCUCAGUGCUGGGAUUAAAUUCAUGGCCUUGUUCAUGCUAGGCAUGAGCUUACCACUGAGAUAAUUCCCAGGGUAGGAUUAUGCAUCUGGAUGAGAAAAAGGGAAAAGGGGUACCUUGCUUUGUAGGGAAGAGAUACCUGCCCUUAGCCCCUACCCAGGGUCCUCUGAGAAAUGCUUCCCAGGAGUAAGGGAAAGUGAAAGUUCUCUAUAAUAACUUCACACACACGGGCCAAUGCUCUUCAUUCUGUGUACUCUUUAUUGUUGUGUUCUUUGUGUCAUCCAUCUUUAUUCUCCUCUACAUUUGUAUUCUACAUCUUUUUUCUACAUCUUUAUUCUACAUCUCUACUCUACUACAUCUCUGUUCUGAGACCCAUUACAAAUCCCCAAGCAUAAAAACUACAAGGCAAACUUUCAGGGAUGAGCAUUCUGAUAAGAGUCACACUUGGCAGAGACUUGGUCAGCUUAAUUCGUGACUGACACCUGUAGGUUGUGAAAGUUCUGGCUAUCUCUUAAAGGGAUAGCUACAAGGGUUACAAGGGAAGGAACUGAACCAAUGAGAGAUCUAAGGAAGAGGCAAAUAAUGUGUGUGUUAUUUUAUGUGAUUAAUAAUAUCCGGGGGACUGGAGAGAUGGUUCAGGGGUUAAGAGCACUGGCUAUUCUUCCAGAGGUCCUGAGUUCAAUUCCCAGCAACCACAUGGUGACUCACAACCAUCUUUAAUGAGAUCCAGUUCCCUCUUCUAGCCUGUCGGGAUACAUGCAGGCAGAACACUGUAUAAAUAAUAAAUAAAUAAAUCUUAAAAAAAUAAUAUCUGGACGUGGUUAGUCAGUUAACAGCCUUUUUCUGUUAAUUAUCUGAAUCUCAGGGCCUAUACAUAGUUAGUCUACUGAGCCUAAAUUCUUGCAUUAAAAACUGGUGUAGAAAUAAAUACCAAGUGUUAACUGUUAUUUGAAUCAGAGUUGGGAGGUGCCGGUGGAGGAAGCUUAGGGCAACAUAGGUGCUAUUGCUCUCUUGAAGGACUAAGAUAUACCAAGGCCAGACACCUGCACUAUCAUUUCUGGUUCACUAUAAUUCUUCUGAAGGGUUUUGAUCCAAUAAGGCCAGGCACCUGCAAUUCUGCUCUGUGAAAGUUCCACGAGGUCACUUUGUCUGGCCAGUUUGCCUUCUCAGUGGCUAAGGAUGGAGAGUAAGACCUCUAAGUGUCUACAGUCCACACAGAACAAUAGACCUAGUUAUGAAGCAUACUUUAGUAUGUUUCUGUUAAUAAAAAUUGUACAGUUAAAUAAGAAACCAUUUUCUUGACCAUCCACAAUUAUGUGUGCCCAUAAGAUAAGAUGUAAUCAAGAGAUUACAUGUACACAUUACGUGGAAAUGCAUGGUAAAUGGGGAGACAGCAUAGCUGUUCUUAGGGAAGAAAUGCAGUUCUUAGGGAAGAAAUGAAGUGGCACAUGAGAGAAACACAGACAAGGAGCAACUGGUCAUUCAUAGUCAGUAACCUCACGGCCUUGCCAGGUGGGGCUUCCCAUCAAAGAGUCAUUCAUUUGGUGGGUUGACAUAUGAACUAUGGUGAUAUUUUAUUUGUACUGAAAUGUGAUUUUAAUUGAAUGUUAAUGAAUAAAGUUGCCCAAGGGCCAGAGCUGUUAAAGCCACAGCGAAAGCUGGGCGGUGGUGGUACACGCCUUUAAUCUCAACACUUGGUAGGCAGAGCUAGGUAGAUCUCUGUGUGGUCAAGGAUACAGCCAGCAUUGGAGACACACACCUUUAAUCUCAAUACCAACCAUAGAAGACCUGGAGGUCUGUACAGACAGGCAGUGACGAGGCAGUCAUGUGGUUGGGUUUACAACCAAUGAGAAGGCAGAACAGAAAGUCUAUAUAAAGACAGACAGGAAGUAGGUCUCUUUCGGAGAGGUCUCUUGGCUGAAGAGGCUAGCUGCAGCAGGCAGGUAAGGCUCUUAGCUCUGAUCUCUUGGCUUUCUUCUUUGCAUUGGUUCUGUGUUUCUUAUUUAAUGAGACGGUUGGUUACAUCUACAAUGAACACCAGUUAUCACCUGCUGUAUACUCUCACGGCCCCCGACAUUACGUGAGGCCUGGUGCCCAAAGACACUGUCUGAAUUUCACUUCUGUUGCUGUGGUGAAACACUGACCAAAAACAACGUAGGGGAGAAAGGGUUGGUUUUAGCUCAUAACUCCAGAAGGGAAGUCGAGGCAGCAGGAACUUAAAACGGCUCGUCAUAGCACAUGUGCGGUCAAGAACAGGGAGGGAAUGGAGCUGGCUGAGCUCGUGCUCCGCUCCCUCCCUGUUCUGUACCACUUACGCAGUCCAGGAGCCCCUCAGGGGGCUGGGUCUAGUCCACGGCGAUCAACAUGUAAUCCAGACAACCCCUCAGACAUGCCUGUGUGCCAACUUUAUCUAGACAAACCUCUUUGAGACAGUAUUGGGAGGGUCUAGAUUAUGUCAAGAUGACAAUUAAAACUAACUCUCGUGGGUACCAUGUCUUCUGUCUCAUAGGCUCCAAUCAGGUCCAUCUUUUCAUCCUGAUUUCCCUUCCCUAAGUUUGAUCACCAAGUCCUUCUGUGGAUAGCUGGCCAUCUUCCUAGCCCUCCCCUUGUGGCAUUCUCUCCAUCAGCUCCUACAGUUGCCCGCUUCCCAGACCCAGGCUCCUUCCUCUCCACCCCCGCUCUGCCACUCAGGCCUGUCCAACCCCCUGACUCAUCCUCUCAUCUCCGAGAGCUGUGCUUCCGUCUGCAACUUCCCCUCUGAAGAAACGGCAAAGACUGAGCCACAGCAUCUGAGCUGGGAAAGGAUAGUCCACACCCCGGGAUAUACUGAGAGGAAAUAGAGGCCCCGAGAAGGAGGGGCUCACUCACUGUCUCUAGCAGAGCCUGGAAAUCCAAGUUUCCCUCCACAUUCCCGGAACCUUUCCUCUAGCCCCACCCUGCCAGUGCAUUUGUGAACAGGUGCAUCCCAACAUGUUCUGAGUCUGAUUCAAGCCUCAGAGACACACACAGAUUCUGCACUAGAGUUCUUGUUCUAGGGACAGGAGCUGGCGGGGGGCCGGCAAACACAGUAAAAGGGUUUUUGUCCAAAGUGUGGAUGAAAAUUUGUAAAUAAAGCCAGUGUAGAGGA